CAUUCUUAUCGUCGCGUGUUAUCGCUGAACAACCUCGCCCCUCCACUUCGCCGGUUUAAGUACCACCUACAUCUCCAAUAACGACGCGCUGCCUCGAGGCCAUGCUCUCUAUACUACGGAAGGCGAGACUUAAGGAUAAGGAGCUGAGGAUAUUGAUGCUAGGUCUCGACAAUGCAGGAAAGACAACGAUCGUCAAGAAAAUCAUGGGCGAGGACGUGAACACCGUCAGCCCCACGCUUGGCUUCAUAAUCAAGACAAUCGACUAUGAAGGGUACAAGCUGAAUAUAUGGGACGUCGGUGGGCAAAAGACGUUGCGGUCCUACUGGCGGAACUACUUUGAGAAGACGGAUGCCCUGAUCUGGGUCGUGGAUGCGACGGACCGUCUGCGGAUCGAGGACUGCAGACGUGAGCUGCACGGUCUGCUCCAGGAGGAGCGAUUGUCCGGGUCAAGUCUUCUUGUCUUUGCCAAUAAGACAGACGUUGUGGGGUGUAUGGAUGGCGAUGAGAUCCUAGAGGCUCUACAGCUACGAGAAAUCCGGACGCACCGGUGGAAUAUUUUCCCAUGCAGUGCCAUGACGGGUCGGAAUCUCAAAGAAGGGCUCGCGUGGGUGGUUGAGGAUGCAAAGGCACGACUGUUCCUUUAUUGAUCUGGGGCAAGUGGGCUCCGCGGAGGAUGAUAAAAAACGACAGGAAAGGGCCGUGGGAUAUGGCUCCCUGAAAGAUCAUGUCAUUGGGCGU